AUGCGAGCAGAAGUUUAUGAUUGCUAUGGAUUAGACAUUUCAAAAAUUGCUGCAUUGAUUAUGGUAGCUUAUGAUUCCGAAGGAAUUCGAUGGAGAAAUAUGUCGUAUGUUAUCAUUUGCACAGCAGUUUUAGUGAGUUUUUUUCUCAAAAAAAGUAAUUUCAAAAAUAUUUUUUUCAGUCUGUACAAUACUUUAUUAUCGUAUUUUGCGGCUUUAGAUUGCACAAGGAAAUGAACACAAAAAUAUUUCAUUUUUCUCCAUCUUACAGAAAACUUCACCAACAAUGUUUCAAAGCUUUAGUUAUACAAGUAAUUUUUAAUGUUUCAUAUUUUUUUCGGAAAAAUUAUUGAUUUUCAGGUGACUGCCCCAACAAUAGUCAUGUUUAUCCCAGUUUGUCUUAUUUUGUAUCUACCUCUUCUAAAUAUAAACUUCAGUCUCCCAACUGCAGCCUUAUAUUGUUCAAUUACAAUUUACCCUGCACUUGAUGCAAUUAUUGUUAUGUACAAUAUUUCUGACUAUCGAAAUAAAUUCACAAUCGGGAUUAAAAAACUAGCCGGUGCUAUACCACUUUCUUCCAUUGGUUCUAUUGACUAG